AUGCCGGCAUACCACUCCAUCUUCCUCGAUGAGCCCGACGUACAAACAAUCGGAAACUUCCCCAUCCUCCCCCUCCGCACUCGCACCCGCGGCCCUGCAUACACACUCCCCGCCCUCCCCGCCGGCUCCUCCGACACCGACAUCGACCCCGACAGCGAAUCAUACGACUGUCUGGAUGAAGUCCUCUCGCUCUACCGCGCCAACACCUUUUUCCGCAACUUUGAAAUCAAGGGCCCUGCCGAUCGCAUGCUGAUCUAUGGCAUCCUGUUCAUCAGUGAAUGCCUGGGAAAAGUCAAGCCGGGGAUGGCGGCUAGGGAGGCAGAGAAGUUCGCGAUUCCCGGAGAUGCUUCAUUUCCGCUGAACCAGGCUUUUGAGCCACCCCGCGACCGGCAGGAUGCUGAGACGCUGAGACAGUACGUGGGCUCUCCCAUUUAUAUCCCCAUUGUUCACGUUUGGGCUAAUAGCAUCCGAUCGUUUGCCCUGUUUAGAUACAUAUCCCAAGUCCGUCAAGAACUCGCUAUGAGAUUACAUUCGAGAUUAUACCCAGGCGGAGAAGGGCCAUCUAAGUGGUGGCUCAGUUUCGCGAAACGCAAGUUUAUGGGCAAGUCGCUUUAG